AUGUCUCGUCGUCUCGUCCGCUCAUUCUUGCUGGCUACGGCCCUGAGUCCGCUGGUCAAUGCAGGACCAUGUCGGCCUCAAUCAAUCUCUACUUCGAGUGGUACAGAGGGACUAACUCAGGCUGUUUCUUCUACCACUAUCGUUGCUUCUUCUUUGAACCCAAGUGACACCUCACAGUCUGCUACUGUCUCUGAAGAUGCUGUCACUUCAAUUGAAACCUCCUCUAUCGUUCCGACCGAUACGACUUUGAGCUACAGCGGCAUCUACUCUGUUUCCAUUGCAACUGAGAUUUCUCUUAGUUCCUCGACAGACAUCUAUUCGACGAUCGAUACUGAAACUACAUUUGCUGUCGCUACAGACACUACCUCUACACUCAGCGAGGUCGAGCCCCCCGUAGCUACUUUGACGGAUACCACCAUGACCUCCAGCGAGAAAGAAACCUCCACCACGACAAUUGCAGAGUCCGUCUCCACAAUUGGUUCCUCAGAAACCACCGACACUGCGCUGACCGACACCACCGAGACAACAAAGGCGACAGACACCACGACAAUGACUUCAGAUGAUGUCACGACUACCGCGACAGGUCCCCUUACUUCCGCUACCGAGGCUUCUUCGACAGCUCCCGCAACUUCUACCGAGGCAGCCCAUGCCUGUACCCCUACAAUGGUCUAUCCCAAGCCCGCAGAUGCCGUAUGCGGAAGACAAGGGAAUCCUGACUCGGCGACAAACCUUAUAGUGACCCGUGGAGGGGAAGCUACAGAGAGCAUCUGGAACUGUUACAAGGCUUGCAAGGAUACACCCGAGUGUGGAUCUGUAAUCUUUUACCGGAAUCUCUACUGCGAGUUGUGGAAGGGCAAGCCUGGCGAGACUAACAACCUUGAAUCAGAUUGGAGAUGGUGGGAUAUGGACUGCUUCACCUGCCUUCCAGACGAGACACAGACUACCCCCCCGACUCAACCAGAACCCGCCUGCAAGAACAACAUGGUCAACCCCCCGCCCGGAAACCGUGUUUGUGGGAAAAUGGGAGAUAGUGGUGGCUUGUAUUGGGAUGCUGAGGGUCCCGCAAGUUCAACGAAAUCGCUUGCAGUCUGCGCAAAGGCGUGCAGUACACGCGGGUGCAGGGGCUUCAAAUUCGAAGCUGACAAGCAGUGCACGUUUUACGUGGGCACUAGUCUGUCUCCAAGUGAUAGUACUACGAGUUUCAAAUGGUAUCAACCUGAAUGCUUUUGCGACCUUGACAAAGUAGAAGUCAGCGAGCCUGAACCCACUUGCAAGGACAACCUCAUCAAUCCUCUUCCUCAAUACCGGGUUUGUGGCGAAAUGGGGGAUAGCACGGGUCUGUUUUACAGUGGCCCAGGUCCCGACGGUUCUUCUGAAUCUCUCCGAGCUUGUGCAAAGGCUUGCAAGGAAGGCCAGUGUUCCGGAUUCAAGUUCGAGGCUGGCCAGGAAUGUGAGUUCUACGUGGGUGGGGGUAUGUCUAUCGGGCGAAAAAUCACAACGAGCUACAAGUGGUACGAUCAGGACUGCUUCUGUGAUCUUGAAAAAUCAGGCGAUGAUGAAGAUGUCUGCGUCGACGAGUUACCCAAGACCACUGUGUGCGCUGUCGAAGGACGACCCAAGAACACCUGCAUCGAGGAUAUCACUCCUUUCGCACCCUCCUCGACAAAGUCUCUAGAGGCCUGUCGAGAUCUCUGCAAGGACAACAACUGCGACUCAAUUGCAUUCAAAAAAGACGAAUGGUGCAGUAUUUACAAGGGCCAAGUCGGAGGAACGAGCGACGAAAUCGAUGUCCCUGGACGCAAGAUGUGGGAUAUGGCUUGUUUUGAUGAGCAGCCAACCAAUGACGUCUGCAAUGGUACACCCUUGGACCCCUUGCCUGCAGAAACUGUUUGUGGUAAGAUGGGCAGUGUUUCAGGAAACUAUCUCGGUAUCUCGCGCCCACAAACUCCUGGAACUCUGGCAGAGUGUUACCUUACAUGCAAGGCUGCAACCGACUGUGACGUUUUCGAGUUCAAAAAGGACGGGGUUUGCAAUCUUUACAAGGCUCAGGGUGUCUUCACAGCCAGCGCCGUCCAAUUCACCGGAAGUGUAAUUGAGUGGUGGCAGCCAAGCUGCUUCUGUGACGAGACUAAGACGGGAACCAAGGACCCUGAACCGAGUUGCGUCGAAAAUAUGCUAAGCCCUUCACCCAAGGAUAGUAAUUGCGGUGCAACCGGAAAUCCUACGGCACUUGAUCCCACGGCAAUGCUUGGUCAAGCUGGUGCAAUCUCCUUCGACGCUUGCCGUGAUGGCUGCAAGGCUUUGAGUGGGUGUAAAUCGUUUCUCUUCGAGAUCGACAAUAACUGUGUCUACCUUGCUGCUAGUGCUAUCAAGCUUGAUGGUACAAACACGGGCUGGAAGUUUUACGACAUGUCCUGCUUCUGUGAGGAGACUACCUAA